UGUGUUGACAAUAUAAUUCCCGCUCAGCGUGCCAGAAUGAGCGGAAGCAGCUUCCAUGUGUUUGACCAGGGCCAGUUUGCCAAGGAGGUGCUUCCAAAGUACUUCAAACACAACAACAUGGCCAGCUUUGUGCGGCAGCUCAACAUGUAUGGCUUUCGCAAGGUCGUCCACAUCGAGCAGGGAGGAUUGGUGAAGCCAGAGAAAGACGAUACCGAAUUCCAGCAUCCCUACUUCAUCCGAGGCCAGGAACAUCUCCUGGAGAACAUCAAGAGGAAAGUAACCAGCGUAUCCAGUAUAAAGAACGAGGAUAUAAAGGUUCGGCAAGACAACGUGACCAAGUUACUGACUGACAUCCAGGUGAUGAAGGGAAAGCAGGAGAGCAUGGACUCCAAGCUGAUAGCCAUGAAGCACGAGAACGAGGCGUUGUGGAGGGAAGUAGCCAGCUUGAGGCAGAAGCACGCUCAGCAGCAGAAAGUUGUCAAUAAGCUUAUCCAGUUUUUGAUUUCAUUGGUGCAAUCCAACCGUAUUCUUGGGGUGAAGAGGAAGAUCCCCCUGAUGUUGAACGACAGCAGUUCAGCACAUUCCAUGCCGAAAUACAGCCGCCAGUACUCCCUGGAGCACGUCCACGGCGCAUCCCCCUACGCAGUAAGUGCGCCGGGCCUGGGAGCGGGGCGAUGGGGGACGCGGCUUCCUGGGGAUUUGGCUCUUCUCCAGCGGGUCUUGCCUUUGUACAACCCUCCGCUCGACACCUCUUUGUUUGCUUUGGCAAAAGAUUCGAAGGUGGCAGCUGCGUUCUAUUGCUGUCCUUUGCAGAGUAGCCCCGUGGUCCGUAUCAAAGAAGAACCCCCUAGCCCCACCUGCAGCCCCCAGGUAGAGGAGGCCAGCCCAGGGAACCCUCCCGCUGUUGAAACUCUUCUGUCCCCCUCCACGUUCAUUGACUCCAUCCUGCAGGAGAACGAGCCCAGCACCACGACCGCUGCAGCCGGCGACAGCACCCCGCAGCCUCAGCCCCAGGAAAAGUGCCUCAGCGUUGCCUGCCUCGACAAUUUGACUCGCGCUCCGCAGAUGUCAGAGGUCACUCGUCUUUGCCCCAGUUCCUCCUCUUCCUCACUGCAGUGCAGAUCACAGCAAGGGUCAGCAUUUCCCCAGGCGCUGCCGUUGUGGGCAGGGGAGCAGGGGAGCCCUGCGCUCAGCUUGGGUAGCCUGGCAGCGAGGAGAAAGCUCUAA